UGUAAAUGUACGAUACGAUAAGGGGGUUCAGAUCCCUGGAGCUGAUUAGAGAGUAAAUCUCAUCAAAACAGGAAGUGACUUGAAGCGGUCCAGAACUCUCUAACUACCAUAAUAUAUUUUGUUCCACGGGUACACAGAAAACUCUUCAGUGUGGAAUAAACUCUGAUGGAGAACUUUUAAUUCUAAUAGUGACCCUUAGAGUUGAUUUUAACAGCAUUGUUGGAGUUGGCUAAUCACUGCUCGAUGAUGGUAUGGGGUACUGGAGCCUAUCCCAGCAUGCACUGGACAAGAGGAAUACAGGGAUACAGCCUGGACAGGCCCCCCAAACCUUGGCUGAAGAUUUGAAGGCCCCUGGCUCGGUCCCGGGUUCCACAGGAGGUACAUGGGUCUCCAACUGCCCCACGCGAGGUGAAUGCGCCUCCACUGAAAGCAGACAGGGGCAUCCUCCACUGGCGGUCAGUAGCUAGAUGGGCUAGAUGCUAGCAGGGACUCUGCUAGAGCAACCAGAUAAAGUGGUUGCGCAGGGUAUAGCCAAAGGUGUCAAACUAGCUGAUAAAAUACACAGACCAAGCAGAGAAAUGUAAUACGAAGAUUAGGAGAACCAAAGAGAAGCAUCUUACAUUCAGUGCUUUAGUCAGGUUGUGUGUGCAGUUGCUGGUCUGGAAAUAUUGUCCUCCAGGUCAGGCAUGGUUACUGACGGUGCACAUUACAGAAAGAAAACAGCUCAAAUUCAUCUUGGUCUGGAAAUGCUGUUAGCCAGGUGCUGUAGCUCAUUGACUCAGAGAAGUCUGAUUCCUCCCCUGUGGUCACUCUUCUGUUUGAAUCAGACACUCAGGCAAGUUGUGAAAGGGCCCUGGAAGUGCUGGCCAAUCAGCUGCACACAAACCUCAGCUGCACAAUACUGCCCCCUGCUGGAUCCCCUCACUCUGCAGCUCUGGUGUGUCCAACAGGAAGAGGGAAGCAGUUCUUAUUAGCAGAUUACAACACUUUGAGCGUGGAUUAGACCUGGGUCAAAUACGUAUUUGAUUUUGGAUUCAAAUAGUUUUCUGUGCUCUUUUUAUCUUGCCUGGUGUAAUUGAGCCUGCCAAUAUGACCAGAAGGCGGAGUUUGCACUAUUUGAGAGUAUUUCAUUGGUUCCAAUACAGUAGACACGAUCAGUAAAGCAUAGAGAAGUAUUCGAAUUCUAAACAAAUACGUAUUUGACCCAGGUCUGGUGUGGAUUGAAAAAAAUGGGUUCAUUAAACAAUUAUUUUAAUAAUCUGGGUGGGGCAACUCUCAAACUGAAUUGAUGGAGAAACAACUGCAAAGGGGCAGAGUUCAGUGUUGGGGAGCAGUCCUGUUCACUGUAGCCUGUGUGAAAACUAAAAGCAUCUCCUCAUUCAGUCAAAAAUAAAUUCUAACCAAAUGUAUGCAUUAAAAAAAAUUGAGACAGACUGUACACUUCAUUUUAUACAUUUCAUGAAUUCGAACUUUGGUUUGCAGUGUGGAUUAAGAAUUGCACCUGGCUGUACAGACAAGGCUGCUUACCCUCAUAUUUAACAUUAAGGACAAAAAGGAAAACGUCAAAUAAACAGAAAAUUGUGGAGUGGGGGAGGGGAAGGAAACCUGGAAAUAACCAACGCAAGGUGAGGUCACUGAUUUUAUAUCUGCAGAGAAAACCUGUUUUGCCUGUAGUUCAUACCUACCUGCUGUUUUCUGUAAAUCCCUCCCCUGGAUCUGGGUGUAACUCUCUAUUAAGAUUUUUAGUUCUAUUAGUUGGCAUAAGACGUGCUCUAGCUCUGAGACAGAAUGGCGUCUGGAUCUUCUCCCCUGGAAGAGGAGCUCUCCUGUCCUGUGUGCUCUGAAAUCUUCAGGGAUCCGGUUGUUCUGAGUUGCAGUCACAGCUUCUGUAAGGCCUGUCUACAGCAAUACUGGGAACAGAAGGGAUCUCAGGAGUGCCCAGUUUGCAGGAGAAGAUCUUCUAUGGAGGUUCCUUUCACUAACCUGUCUCUGAGGAAUACCUGUGAGGCGUUCUUAAAGGAGAGAAGUCAGAGAGCUAAAGCAGGAUCUGAAGUGCUCUGCAGUCUGCACAGUGAGAAACUCAAACUCUUCUGUUUGGUGGAUCAAAUACCCGUCUGCCUUGUCUGCCAAACUUCAAAAAAACAUGAAAACCACAAAAUGCGACCAGUUCAGGAGGCUGCGGAAGAGUAUAAGGAGAAACUCAGGACUGCACUGGCUCCACUGCAGGAGAAGCUAAACACCUUUAAUAAAGUGAAACUAAUCUGUGAUCAAACAGCAGAGCACAUCAAGAGCCAGGCCCAGCACACAGAGAGACAGAUAAAGAUGGAGUUUGAGAAACUUCAGCAGUUCCUAAAAGAUGAAGAGGCAGCCAGGAUCACUGCACUGAGGGAGGAAGAGAAGCAGAAGAGUCAGAUGAUGAAAGAGAAGGUUGAGAAGAUGACAGGAGAGAUAUCAUCACUUUCAGAACAAAUCAGAGCCAUAGAACAGGAGCUGGGAGCUGAAGACAUCUCAUUCCUACAGAGUUACAAAGAUGUGGAGAAACGAGCCCAGUGCACACUGGCGGAUCCAGAGAAGGUCUCAGGAGUGCUAAUUGAUGUGGCCAAGCACCUGGGCAAUCUGAAGUACAGAGUGUGGGAGAAGAUGCUGGGGACUGUUCAAUACACUCCUGUGACUCUGGACCCAAACACAGCACAUCCCAGCCUCUCACCGUCUGAGGAUCUGACCAGUGUGAGACUCAGUGAUGAGAGACAGCAGGUUCCUGAUAAUCCAGAGAGAUUUGAUUGGUGGCCGUUUGUGCUGGGCUCUGAGGGAUUCAGCUCAGGGAGACACAGCUGGGAUGUAGAUGUGGGGGAUGAGGCCUGGGUGGUGGGUAUGGCUAAAGAGUCCUUCAGCAGGAAAGGGGUUGUGUAUCCGAGCCCAGCAGGAGGAGUGUGGGGUAUAUGGCUGCACUCUCAGCAUUAUGAAGCCGUGACCUCCCCGCGUACAGCCCUCACUGUGCAGAGGGAACUCCAGAGGGUCAGAGUGCAGCUGGACUGGGACAGGGGGAAGGUGUCAUUCUCUGACCCCAGUGACAACACUCCUCUCUACACUUUUAAACACUCCUUCACUGAGAGAGUUUUUCCAUUCUUCUGUCCUGGUUCUCUGCAGAUCCGUCCACUGAAGGUGUCUGUAAGAGUGGAAUAGUGCUGCAGUAGUUCAUGCUGAAUGUCCCUUUGUAACCUCAUGAUGUCAAUAUUGGAAUUGGUUUGUGUGUAAGCAGUUGAAUUGUAAUAAAUGCUCAGUGGAAUCACUCCAGAAUGCUGCUCUUUUCCU